AUGAGUGGCUUGGUACAUGGUGACUUGAAUGAACUAUUUUCAGAGUUCUCGUUUGUCGGAAAUAUUGGGAGAAAGGGAAACGACAAUGUAACAUUUAAACAAUCAGUGUUUAAACGAUUAUUCAAUUCGAAAAAAAUUGAAUCAUUAACGUUACAUUCCACCAAUGUCAUCACAAAAGAUAUUCCUUCUAGACAAGUUUCAUCACUCACGAAUUUGAAAUUGAUUAAUGUUAGUGUGAGCAUGGAAAACUUGAGAAUUAUAUGUAAUAGAUUAGAGAGUUUAACAGAGUUGACAUUGAUCGGAAAUGAUAUUGAUCAAAGAGCAGGAUUAAUUCUUGCCAACUCAAAAUUGAAAAAUUUGACACAUCUUACCAUCGGCAAUAAGAUUGGAAGCGAAGGAGCUGAGCACUUAUUGACAACCAACAAAUUGAAGCGUUUGAAGAAACUUGAAUUUACUGAUCCCAUUGGAACAACCUUUCAAACUGAUGGAUUUAUCGAAUAUGUUCCACUAAUUGACUGCUCAAAGUUUCCAGAUCUUUGUAGUUUUACAUCAUGCCGUCAUUUAUUAUCGAAAGAAGGAAUAAUGAACGUGUUAAAUAGUGGAAUUUCAUGGAAAGAAUUGACAUUUAUAGGAUGUAGAUCAUUUGAUGAUGAUUGUAUAUUGCGUAUUGGCAAGAUUACUUCAAUUGAAAAACUCUGUUUAGAGGACUAUUGCGGUAUACCUUACAUUGGAUUUAGUAUAUCAUACGAAUACUUGUCAUCUCUACAAAACCUGACGCAUCUUGAGAUAAGUGUUGACAAUAAUGGUUUGCUUGAGUUAUGUAAAAUUGAGCCUAAUAAUUUGAAAUAUUUCUGCAACUAUGUACACUUUUACCAUUAG